AUGGCCACACGAUCGCGACAUGGUUGCAUUGAUUGCAAAAAGGCCAAAGUCAAAUGCGACGAGAUUCAUCCUUUUUGCGGCACAUGUAAACGCCGCGGUCGUCAAUGUGCUGGCUACAAUCAGAUUACCAAGGCCCAAAAGACCCGCGAUGCUCCUACUCCUCGACCGACCACGACUCAAAUGGCCAACUCGGCGUCGUCUCCUGAUGCUACCCCGGUGGCGAUCGAGUAUGCCAUCAACGAUGCUGCCUUUCAUUCCUCCCCAGGCUUCAGCCCUUCCAGCACAGCCGCUCCGUUUUCUCCCAUCUCGAACGACUUUGCCCUCGCGCCGGCGACCCCGAUACUGAAGACGGUCGCUACAAUUCCUCCCGGCACUAUCCAUCCGGCCGAUGAGCCGUUUAUCGAACUGUACUUCAUGCGCCAUCCGGGGGAGUUGGUCUUUGGCUCCGAAUUUGUCAACGAAAUGAACUCGUCAGUUCUCAAAGUUUUUCAAAAUAGCCCUCUCGCCGUCGGGGACUCGCUGUCGGCCAUUGGAGAGGCAUAUCUACGAGAUGGCUCUCUUCCCAUCCUGGUUCCCGUUCCGAACAGAAAAGCGAGGAUUCUGGCUCGACUACGAAGCAUGGACAACCUCGGAGUCAGUUUGGAGCUCCUUUUGACCAUAAUGUUAGGUCUUUGUGCUAUCGAGCUGGUUGAUGCCACCGCCCAUCAACAGCCCGUAACGAGCGUGCCGGCGUUGCUCGACAAUCUUGCAAUGAUGCUGGACCAUCAUCUCCGCAAGGGAUUUGAACUGACCCAGCUCGCCAAAUACUUUGUUCGCGCAUUGGCGAGGCAGGACAUGAUGUUAUCAUUGACAAGAUUUCAUCGACCCCGAAUUCCUACCUCGUACUGGCUCGAUGACUAUUCUCGACAACACGCUGAUCGUUUCAUGGGAUACACGGGCACCUUGAUGCCCUUGUUGGCCGAGUUGUGUUCGUUGGCCGAAGAUUUCCGAGCGUCCGUGGCCGACAGCAUCACUAAUAAUGGUGCGACCGACUUGUCCUUUCCAAUGCCUCUUCACGAUCUUCUAGAUCGAGCUUCCCAGAUCCAGUUGAAACUCGAACAAUGGCAUCCCACCGUCGAUCCUACCCUCUCAUUUCAGUCUUCUCGCAAGUUCUUGAUGCACGCCAACGCCUACCGCAGUGCGUCAUUACUCUAUCUCCACCGGCUGCUCCACCCUCCUGGGACCUCGGUGGAUGCGGAUCAAGCAGCAUUACUUAAGGCCUAUGAAGUCAUGGUACAUACUACUGCUUGCGAUGACGACAUGAAGAUGUCGUUGUGGCCAAUCUUUCUUGCUGCUUGCGAAGUGAAUACUGAGCCCGACAGGUUAAGUGCAUCCCAAAUGCUGAGUUCCAUAUGCAGAGGUCGAAAAACGGUUAACGCAAUGCGGACACGGUCCUUUGUCAUCAAUCGAGUUUGGAGUGCAAGAGACGCUGGGCUCGAUUGGAAUUGGAUGACCCUAGCUCAACGAUACCCCAAUGAAUUACUACCGAUUUGA